GCUCGGCUUGACAGCUUCCUGGGCCAGCUUCGCUGGGAACUGGUGAGGCUUGGGAGCGGGGUGACUUGUGAAGUACUCUGCCCUCUGCAAGACAAUGUGGGCUUUGGGAGCUGAAUUCCCCGAGAAGCACAGGAUCCCCCCCUCCACCUCCACCCUCAGCCCUGAGUAAGACUACUUCCCCAUGCAGGCCCGCAACCCUGCCUCCCGCCCUGGUGGCGGGUGCGGACUUGCCCAGCUCUGCGUGCUGCAGCCUGCCGGACUGCCACCAGGUCGGCUGAUGUGAGCCACACGAGCUUCGUGUGCCAGCGCCCCCAUGCAGGCUCUGUGCCCACUCCAGGCCUUGCUGCCCAGGUCUGCAGGCAUAUCCAGACCUCUUAGGCCUUCUGUUCUGGAAUUGGGCUGUCCGGGCAGCAGGAGUGACAAGCACUGCCCCUCGGACUUUUGCCCUCUCUUCUUCUACAGCUGUGUGGCCGGGACACAGGCUCGCCCCCGAUGCCUGGCCCUCUACCACCACCCCCCAAAUCCGGCCCAACUGUGCGGCUCAGCCACCACCGGCUUAGGGCUUCAGAUGCCUUGGAAGAGGACUCCGUCUGCUGUGUGGAGGAAGAGGAAGAAGCUGUGGUAACAAGAGACAGGAGUGUGGCCUUGGAGAAAUCCAGAGAACAUGCCCUGGACUGGGACUCUGGCUUCUCGGAGGUGUCAGGCAGCACAUGGAGAGAGGAAGAGCUUCCCACACCCCAACAACCAGCACCCCCAGUGCGGCAUCCCCAUAGACAGCACCUCUCGGCCAGUGGCAUCCCCCUGCCCAGUGGGGCCUCUGUGACCAGUGCACCACCUGCCCACCGACCACGGCCCAAGUCCACCCCAGAUGCCUGCCUAGAGCACUGGCGGGGGCUGGAAGCUGAGGACUGGACAGCAGCCCUGCUGAGCAGAGGUCGCAGUCGCCAGCCCCUGGUGCUGGGGGACAAUUGCUUUGCUGACUUGGUACACAACUGGAUGGAGCUGCCUGAGGCAGGUGGUGAGGGGGACAAUGGGGGUGGGCCCCGUGUCCGUGCUCGGCCCCCUCAGUUCCUGCAUGGCCUCUCUGAGCAGCUGCGGCGCCAGCUGGCCAGGGCACGGCGGGCAGCCAUGGCAGGAAAGCGACUGUCAUGCCCACCUCGCCCAGAACCCGAACUACCUGCAGACGUCUCACGCUUUGCAGCUCUCAUGAGCUGCCGCAGUCGCCAACCCAUCAUCUGCAAUGAUGUUGUCAGCUACCUCUGACCCUGCCCUCCAGCCUGGGACAAUAAAGGCCUUUCUCUGGACUUUCCUGGUUCCAUAUCCCUGAAGCUCCAGGAGGCAGCCCAGCUCAUGCAAGGCACAAACCAGGCAGGCAAAUCUAAAGAGCCUUUUCCCUGCCUGUAGGGGUCCCUCAGGCCCAUGUCACAACCCAUGUACUUUAUUACCCCAUGUUUCAUCACCCAUCCUCUCUACUUAUACUUUGCUUCAGUGAGCAUUUAUUGAGCGCCUGCCAUGGCCUCAGGAUGCAGGACUUGAUAGGGCUGGGUGGUGGGUUGCUGCCUUGUCACAGUUCAUAAUGCAGGGGUGGGAAGGUAGUGUCCUCUUCCUCACCCUCACAACUGAACUCCAGUUUCAGCAUCCGCUGCCCGGACUCGGGCUCCUGGCCUGUCUCCUGCUGCACCAGUUCUGUCACCCUGGUGGCAUGGGGGGGAGGGGAUAAGUUGAGGGAGAUGAGGUAGGUUAGCAGUGGCAGACAGAGAGUUACUCGGCCUGGACUAGAGGGUGCCGAUUGGCUAUAAGGAGCCCAAGCCAGGAGCAGGAGCAGCUCAAGACAGGAAACAUCUGAAACUAUUUUAGGAGCUGCUGACUGGGAGGCCAGGAGGCAGGAAACUGCGAGUCCCCAGGGAGAGGCUGUGAAAGGGGGGCUAAGCGGGGUGUGGAGGAGCUGGUGGGGCUGGCCAAGCAGCAACUUCUGGAGGCCCCUCCUCAGGCUCUCAGCCCUUGCCCCACCCACAGUCCAUUUGCUGGCUCCAUUUGGCAAAAGAAAACUUCAGGAAGGUGUGAGGGGGCCGAAAUGGGGCUGAGGUGAGGAAAGUCUGCAUGUCUCCCACCUCUAAUUUCCAGGAUACAAAGAGACCUGACUAUACCCAGGUGUAGACUCACCUGAGGGGCAGAUGCUUGGCCUGUUUUUCGGGUGACCACCUUGCUGAAUAGAGCAUGGUCUGGCCGUACAGCAGCAUCCUCACCUUCAGCUUGUGUUGUUCCUAGAGAGACAGACAGGUCAGGUGUCAGCUGGGCCAGGCUGGGCCAGGCUUGGAGGUAGGGUAGGAAUGGGGCACACCUGGAGAUAGGCCAGCAAUGACUCCAAGGUCCUUUCAGGCUGCCCAGCAGGCACCUUCAGAUGGUCCCAACAGGUCCACCUCAGGUCAUGAAACUGGGAGGAAGUAAAGAGGAAGAUCGAGAAACUUCUCACGAGCAUACCCUCCCCCUCCCCCAGUUACUAGCAAUUGAUGGCCACUUUUCUAGGGGAGGAGCUGGACUCCGGGCAGGAAGCAGAAGCCAGGGGGUGGGGGUAGAAGGUGGGCUCUGGGCCCAGAGUCUCAGCACCCUCGCGCCCAUGCUGGGGCCAGCACAGGAAAUGAGGCUAUGGGGCCCCCGCACAGGGAAACAGGCUAUCCAUCACACAGGCUAGCUGUGUGUGUGUGUGUGUGUGUGUGUGCAUAGAGGGGGUGGUGCUUCCUGAGGAAGCUAGAGCAGGGCGCUGCAGUCUCUGAUAAAUCUGCUUGUUCCUCAAAUGCAAGACUGAUGGUUGUGGGGUACAUCCCGUCCCCUCAUCCUGUGCUGCCAGGAUCUUGGACUACUCAUGGGCACACAGGGGCAUGAGGUAUAGUGACCAUCAGGGCCCAACUGGCCCAGAGAUUUCAACAGGGACACAUCCACAGAGACCUCUUGUACCUGUCCCCCUUUUCUUCCCUAUUUCAAUUGUCUUGGGAUUCUGAUGCUUGGAGCGGAAGGGAGAAGGGUGGCAGGCAGCCAGAAGCCAAGAUACUGCCCCAUAAAAACACAAUCAAGCUGAGAUGAUGAGGCGAGAGAGGUGAGAUGGGGGACCCUUCCCCUCCCCCUCCACCAUGGACAAAGGCAGCUUGUGUGCUAGCUAGGGGCUGGGCCCCUCACAAAGGGACUCUGUGUGUUGUGCCCUGAGGGACCCCAGAGCUGAUCACCAAAAGCCCAAUGCUGGCCCAUGACCUCUCUCUUCUUCCCCUGGUGAGGGCACUCUCUCUGUCCCUCUCCUGAGCCCCAAGGAAAUGCCAACUGUUACAGAACCUGGGCACACAGCCAGGGACAUCCAUCCACUACCCUGCACUUGAGGAAACACACAUGCACACAAACCCAGGAACACUGGCAUGUGUCCUUACAUCCAUAUCCAUGCAAACCCACAUGGAAGGAGAAGCAUGCACUCCCAUCUGGCACACAGAUGUGUGAGCUUACCCCCUCCAUGCCCACACACCGCUGAGCCAGGGAUCCCAGAGCUCAGUGCCCUUACACCUGUGACACGCAUGUGCACCUAUCCACAGGGCUUCAGACUCCACACCCCUGGUGGUCUGCUCAGUGCCCUUUAAUUCAGCUUGGAGAGGGUGGACCAGGAUCCCCAAGCCAUGCAAGCAGAGGUUAGGAUCUGUUUGGGGCUAAGGCCUUAGUCCCCCCUCCCUAGCACCUCCCCCUCAGGGUCACUAUUGGGAGGAGGGGGCUGUGGGAAAUGUCUGGCUCCACUAAUGAGUUAAAGCUGCAGCUCCCCCAGACCCCAGGCA